AUGAGGUAUUCGGUUAAUGCUUUGGCAGUCGCCCUAGGCGUGUCCUCAUUAUGUCUUGGUGCCGAGACGAAGGAAUGCAAAACGGACACCAGCGUGAAUGAGGACACCGCGACAACCCUUCACCUACACAAUUCUGAGAAACUAGAUGCAUUCGAGGGAUGCACGACAUUGAACGGACAUAUCGUCAUUGAAGCCGACUAUGAGGGUGAUUUCGUCUUGAACGAAGUGACUAGCUUGCACGGAAACAUUUCCACAGUCGAGAAUGGUGCAGCAGGGUUGGGUCUAUUCGAGCUGCGCGAUCUCAACGAGAUCGAUCAUAUACACCUUCUUGGUCUUGUUGGCGAUGUUAAUUUACCGAAGCUCGAGAGCACGGGUGAUAUCGAGCUCGUGCAAAUGUCGGCUAAUGGGACAGUUGACUUGAGUUCUUUGGCCGAAGCUAAUGAUGUUUCAAUUCGCGGGAGUUGGACAAGUACAGAAUUUGGCUCACUGAAAACAGUUACUCUGGAAAAUUCCCUUACAUUGAUGUCGACCUACCUUCACUCGAGAAAACGGACUACUUCGAAGUUGCAGGAGCGGCAGGGCCUGCGCAUCAAUAUCGAAAGCACAAAUGAGACUCUUGAUUUCAACGCUCCUAAGCUCCACACAUUAAAUGGGUCACUUGAGGCCUAUGGCGGCUUAUCAAGUCUAAGCCUUGGCUCUCUGGGCAAGACUACAGCACGCACCACGCUGAACACAGAUACAUCCCUCACUUUCUACUCGACUAUACAGACAGCACAGUAUUUCUAUGUCUGGGGAAAACUACGCAGUAUUUACCUACCUGAUAUGAAAGAUUUGGGAUCAGUCGCGUUGUCAUAUUCACCAAGGCUUCCCUGCAACGAUACGCUUUACUUAUUGUGGGAGACGCAGCCAAGCUAUUCGAGUGACUACGAAAAUGGCAAUUCCUGUUUGGACUACAACUUUCCGCAGGAGGAUAAAGCGACGAACCAGGGAACUAGCACAAUGACUGCCUCCCCUUCCAGCACAGAGAGUACGGGGAGCGUUAUCUCCAGCAAUGAGGCCAUUCCAUCAGACUCGCCCAGCCAGAGUUCUGAAACGAAGAGCUCCGCCAACGCUGACAGAACAGAGAGCUCGACUCCAGAGAGCGCGGCUCGCCUGGCAUUCUCAAUACCUUGGAUGAGCUGCGGUGCAUUGCUCACGAUGGCUGUAAUAUUUCUUUCUUCCUUUUAG